AUGGAGGUUCCGGAUGUGGUGCCAGUUGCACCAGCUAAAAGAGGUAGAGGUAGACCAAGGAAAACAGUGGUGAUCGAUCUCGAUCCUCCGGAUGUAGUUGCAGUGCCUAAAAGACCACCAGGUAGGCCAAGGAAGAAAAAACCACCAGCAUCACCAAUAGAAGCCUAUCCCUCUAGCUAUGGAGAUGAAUGCAACAUAGUAGUUCCCCCACCACCAAAGAUAGAAGUUUAUGGGAAGAAUGGAAGGAUAAUUGAUAUCACUCAUGAAAUGAGAUCGGAUUUACCAAUAUUUGGUUCACCUGAAGGUGUGGGUCAGCUCUUGCGGCUUUCAGUAAGUAUGAAAAAUGGUUCUUUGUAUAACAUCUCUGAGUUGAAGUUGAUUACCCAUACCGGUACUCAUGUUGAUGCGCCUGGACACUUCUACGAUCACUGUUUUGAUGCUGGUUUUGAUGUUAAUUCACUCGAUCUUGAUCUUCUCAAUGGUCCUGUACUGUUAGUGGAUGUUCCUAGAAAUAUGAAUAUUACUGCUGAAGCUAUGGAGUCCUUAAACAUUCCAAGAGGAGUGCGUCGCGUGAUAUUCAGAACACUAAACACUGACAGGUUGCUUAUGUACAAAAACCAGUUCGACACCAGUUUUGUUGGUUUUACGCAGGAUGGAGCACAGUGGCUGAAAGACCACACUGAUAUCAAGAUGGUUGGAAUUGAUUACUUAUCCGUUGCUUCAUGGGACGACAAUGUUUCUGCUCAUCUCGUCUUUCUUGAAGGCAGGGACAUCAUUAUUGUGGAAGGCCUGAAACUGGACGAUAUCGACGCUGGGUCGUAUUCUUCGGUGCAUUGCUUACCUCUGAGAUUGGUUGGUGCGGAGGGAUCGAGUCACAAAUAUUACUCCAUGACAAUGAAACACGCUUAA